ACACACAGAGCUUAACAGCACCUCAAUCAGAUGUUUGUUAUGACUUAUCAGCACUGUUUACCGAACAGAUUUCGCACUCGCGCUAUGCUCCUGAUGUACGCUCGUUGCGUAUCGUAAAUAGUCGUAAGUUACCUGCUUUCGUUCGGAUUCGUUCAGUCUAGCAAGUGCCAGUGUCGGUGAACGUUGUGCUGGUGGAAAAGUGCGCUCUCAUCAUCAUCAUCAUGUAUUCGCAAAGCGCAACCAGUGAUAACGGGGCCGCGGACCAUGUGCGUGUGGUCGACUUUCGGUCUGAUACGGUCAGCGUGCCAACAGCGAGCAUGCGCCACGCAAUGUUCACCGCCGUGGUAGGCGACGAUGUGUACGGUGAAGAUCCGACCGUGCGCAAGCUGGAGCAAAGAUCGGCUGCAUUGUUCGGCAAAGAGGCGGCACUGUUUACGCCCUCUGGCACGAUGGCGAAUCUAUUGGCGAUGAUGGUCCAUUGCUCGCGCCGAGGCACGGAAGCCAUCAUCGGAGAUAUCGCGCAUGGAUUUCUGUACGAGCAGGGCGGUGCGGCACAGAUCGCCGGAGUGCUGUUAAACACAAUCAAAAACAAUCCGGAUGGAACGUUCUGUUUGAACGAGUUGGUUCGCAAAUUUCGUGGCUUCGAUGUUCACGAACCAGACACGGUGCUCGUCAUGGUUGAGAACACGCACAACAUGUGCGGUGGCAAGGUGAUCCCCUUGGAUUGGCUCGAGAAGUUGGCUGCGAUUUGCCGCGAAAAGGGUGCCAAAGUGCAUAUGGAUGGAGCCCGUGUGUUUAAUGCGGCUGCAUACCUGAAUCUGCCCGUCUCACGCGUCGUUCGCGACGUGGAUUCCGUGUGUUUCUGCCUAAGUAAAGGACUUGCCUGUCCGGUUGGGUCAAUUUUGCUCGGAACGAAGGAAUUUAUCAAAGAGGCACAUCGUUUACGUAAGGCGCUUGGAGGAGGCAUGCGCCAGGUAGGAUUUCUGGCAGCCGCCGGAUUAUGUGCGUUAGAUGAAAUUGUUCCCAAGCUGAAGGAUGAUCAUCUUCGAACGAGACGCAUCGCUGAGGCCAUUGACCAGCUAGGAAGCCCCAUUUUCAAAGUGGAUUUAGCUAAUCUGCAUACCAACAUUUUGAUGGUGCAGAUCGUCAGUAAGAAGGUCCAUUCGAGCGAUUUUGCGCACCGUUUGGCUAUUGUUACGGCCGGAGAACUGGAGGCGGGUGUAGUUGAUGCGGACGGACAGGGUAUAGCCGUGAAGGUGAGUGCUCGCGAUUGGGCAUUCGCACGAAUUGUAAUCUAUACCAAUAUUACCGAUGAGGAAGUCGAGCUGGCAAUCAAAAAGAUUCGCUAUGUUAUUGCAGAAUAUGAGAAGGAUCUAUAAAAAAAUUUGUGUACGCACAGCUGGGCAGUGAUAGUUUUCAGAGUGCAGGUUCAUAAAGAAAUAUGAAUAAAGAAUGAUGUGGUAUUUUACUGAAACAAGCUGA